UCUCCCCCAAUUUGAAAUGGGGACAAGUCCCUGACAUUAUAGCUUUGUGCAAAUUGACCCUGUAGGACAACUCAGUCAUUUUCAGCCUCUUCUAUGUGGUCCCUGUCCUCUCUGGCAUGCUUGUUCCUAAAGUUUGUGGUGAGCCCUGGUGGUCAGAGGAUUUGGAAGAGACCCACCGCCAUUGGCCCUGGGAGGUGAGCCUCCAGACAGAAUACCAGCAUGUGUGUGGAGGGGCGCUCAUCGAACCCAGCUGGGUGGUGACUGCUGCCCACUGCAUCCAAGGCACCAAAGAGUACUCAGUGAUGCUCGGCACUGCCCAGCUGCAGCCUGUGAACUCCACCAGCGCCCUGUGGAUCUCUGUGAAGGACAUCAUUAUGCACCCCAAGUACUGGGGCCAGACCUUCAUCACAGGCAAUGUCGCCCUUCUCCAUCUCCACACUCCUGUCACGUUCUCUUCCACAGCCAACUCCACACUGACCCCAGCGCUGCAGGAGACUGAGGUGUUUAUCAUGGACAACAAGAGGUGUGACCGUAUAUACCACAAGAGGUCCAGAUUCCCCCACAUCAUCCCCCUUGUCCUGAGGGACAUGAUCUGUGCCACUAAUUAUGAAGAAAACUUGUGUCAUGAGGAUGCUGGGGGGCCACUAGCUUGUGAAGUGGACGGCAGAUGGAUCCUGGCUGGGGUGUUGUCCUGGGAGAAGGCCUGUGCCAAACCACAGAAUCCAGGUGUGUACAGCCGUGUCACCAGAUACACCAGCUGGAUCAAGAAGCAGCUGAGCAAUGGAGCACCCUCAGGCCUCUGCCUCUCCUCCUGGCUUCUCUUCCUGUUCUGGCUGCUGUAG